UGUAAACAUCAAACUGGCCUUGUUCGUGCAAGAAUCCGCUCCAUCUUUGAUUCCGAGUCGUCGUCAGUCUGCUCGUUUUUGCGAAUUCAUCACUCCAUCGUAAACACGCAAUCGAGGAAAAGAUCGAUUGUCAUAAAUGGAGGAUUCGAGGUAAACAUCCAGACAUGGCAAGCGAUUCGCAUUCCUCAGCUUCACCUUAACCCGGUUCAUGAAUUGCCCGACUCGCCCACUCGCCCUGCUCCGCUCAUCUCGCUCUCUCCUCUCCUCCCUCUCGUCUUCUACUGUCAGAACCUCCCACCCACGUCUCAGAUUCGUUUCACCCUCCAAAACCACCAGGUGUAGUCUCUCCACUAUCCCCUCUAAGAACCGCCCGAGCUCCAUCGCGACCAGACCCGCCACCGCCAUGGACCCUUGCGCGCCCGAGCCUGACUCGAAUUCGGUCGAGGAUUUCGUCCACAUCGACGAUCCGAACCCAAACGUGGAGAGCCUGAGUGAGAGCUUCGUUGGGGUCGAUGUCGCGAGGGAGGACGACGGCGACGAGGCUGCUUAUCGGAGCGGCGGUGAAGGCGAUGGCGAGGGAUCCAAUCUGAGGAGGACGCUUCCCGAAGAACUCUCCAGGAGCGUGGUGGUCCUCACGUGCGAGUCCUCAGCAGAGGGCGGCACGUGUGACGUGCACUUGGUCGGGACGGCCCAUGUGUCUGAGGAAUCUUGUAGAGAAGUAGAGGCAGUGAUCAGUUACUUGAAACCACAGGUGGUAUUUUUGGAGUUAUGCCCUAAUCGAGUGGCUCUACUUACCCCGCAGAAUCUGAAGGUACCUACAUUCGGAGAAAUGGUGGAAAUGUUCAAGAAAAAACACAACGCAUUCGGAAUCCUUUACAGCUGGUUCCUUGCCAAGGUUGCUAAUAAGCUUGAGGUCUAUCCUGGAGCUGAGUUUCGUGUAGCAUUUGAAGAAGCAAUGAAGUAUGGAGGCAAGGUUAUAUUAGGCGAUCGCCCAAUACAGGUUACCUUACGAAGGACAUGGGGAAAAAUGCCACUCUGGCAUAAGAUAAAGUUAAUAUAUUCCUUACUUUUCCAAGCAGUCUUCCUACCAAGCCCCGAGGAUCUUAAUAAAAUGCUGAAGGACCUGGACGAUGUGGACAUGCUGACUCUUGUGAUUCAAGAAAUGAGCAAGGAAUUUCCCACCCUAAUGGAGACACUUGUUCAUGAGCGAGAUCAGUACAUGUCAUGGACAUUGCUAAAAGUUGCGAGAGAACAUAGUUCAGUUGUUGCAGUUGUCGGCAAGGGCCAUCUUGCCGGUAUCAGGAAGCAUUGGCAGCAGCCUGUGGUGGUAAAGGAUCUUCUGGAAGUUCCUUCGAAAAAGCCAGCCGUUUCUACAGUCAAAAUGCUCUCAUCUUUGGGUAUCGCAGUUGCUGGGGUGGCCAUCCUCUCUGGUAUCUACUUUGGAUGGAAGAAAUGAUAUGUGAAACAAUUCUGUUGGACAGCCUCUGCGGACUGAUUGACAUAUGACAGCAUAACUUACGUGGGUGCAGCACAGUGGAAAUUGUGUAUAGUCAAUCUUCAUUUAUUGAAUUUUUUCUUCUGCGGUACGUGUAAUUCUCAUAACAAGUUGUAAAGCUCCUGCUAUUCGAGGUAGAUUGUUACUUGUCACACCUGAGCAGGAAGCAUCAAUAGAGUGCUGGAAGCUGGUUCACCGGUACUUGUUUU